UGAUGAUAUCUCAAUAAUCAAUACAUGAUAGGAAGAGGAUGAAUGCCCCCUUUUUGGGAGCUUGAUCUCAACUGUGAAUCUGAAGCCAGAAGCCUUUUCAAUCCAGCGAAGUCUCUAAAACCCAUACAUGGCUGGAUCUCUUUGCUCGCUUGCCUCUUCGACUUUCUUCAUCUUGUACAACGAUUUCCUGUUCACACUUGUUGGCAGGUUGGCCAUGGAGCCUGGCUAUUAGCGGCAUCGUCUUGAAUGAACCAAGCAGGACGCACUUGGAUUUUCUGCCAGUACAGAGGGAACUCGAGAAGCUAGUGCUUAAGUCUGGGUUUCUGGUCAAGUCUUCUUGUUAUACGGAAGGUCAAGAUGGGAGCUUGUCGUAGAGCUUGGAUGGUAUGGAAGGGGGUGUGGUUUGUGCCGUUGCUUGACGGUGAUCGUGCUUCGUACGGAGCUGCCAAUGCUUGGGGUCCUAAGCUAAGGCUUUACGAGUCGUGUGAACCACGUCGAGUAUUCUAUUAUUAUACCCUUAAACUAUUGGUUCUAGUCGUACUAGCUAAAGCUAUUACGAAGGACUUAUACCUUCGGAGGGUCCCUAAAGAUAACGACGGUGGAUAUACUUCGUAUAAACCGAUAGCGAAGAAGUCUCUAAGUUCGCCAGUCCCGCCUAUCCCCUCCCUCGUAACUAUCGGGUCACUAUAA